CGACCAGUGAUUGUUCCUUUCCAAAAUACUUUCAUGCGCUUCUCAUUUUCAGUCCGAAUGUUUCGAUUAAAAUACAGUGCAACAAACGACUCCCAUGUGCGAGUCGACUCUCAACGGUCGCAUAAAGGAAUCGGAUCAAAGAGCCGACUCGUCUACAGCUCUCACACCCUCUUUUUUCACUCUGGUUCAGUCCCACUUGAUCUGCCGUGGCUGGUCGUGUUUCCUCGCUGCAUUCCUUCUCCUUUUGCAUUUAAAAAAGAAAACGCCAUGUAUCUGUGCAGGGCGGCUUUGCAGAGGUUUUCUCCUCUGGCCAGACACUCCAUUACACAGCGUGCAAUCCUGUACAGAGACGUCGUUCCUCAGAGGCUCAUGUCAUCGGUUCCUGGCGGCUCGGGAGAGAACCUGAUUUACGUAGUACUCUGUGGCGGAGCCUUCGCUGCUGCUGGGGCUUACGUGUACAGGACGGUAUCUACAGACAGCGCUCGUUUUACUGACCGCGUCACAGAGAUCGAGGGACGGCCCAAGCCCGAGUGGAAGCCCAAAACAUGGCCGCCAAAUAAGGAUUAAUUAACCGGGGCAGUCGAGACGCCGCGCUUGUCGCCGUCGCGCUUUGGAUCCGUCUCUCUUCCCUCCACUACACUCCUUCUACUAACUCCUGAGAGUCCUGCUUUCUGUCCUGCUCUGUGAUCUCCCUCGCCUCGCCUCACCCGAAACCUCUGCCUCUCUUCUCGCUCUGUCUCGACUGACUUUAGAGCCAAUUAGAGCAAUUUUUUGAGUUUUUUGUCGGGAAGCCGUGUAAAAGUCACGCUUCCCCCUUUUUUUUUUUUUUUCAGAUUUAUUAAAAGCUGCAAAAGAAUAAAAGUGUCUCUGUGGUGUUGGACUUUUACAGACACACUGACAGCUGUGAAGCAACGCUACGGUUUAACCAGCUUACUGUUCCUGUCCUCUUUUCCUUCCUCAUGUCUCUUCUCACUUCUUGUUGCACCUUGCACCUUUUAUUUUCUCGUUUCUUUCCUUUUUUUUCUUUUGUUUUUUUUUGCUGCAUGCUAUCUAUUCCUGUCUGCUGUGUGUAGUAACUGGUUUUCAGUUUAACUAAUGGGUUUGUGAGAAGAUGAAGUGUGUAGAGCGCAUGAGGAGAGAGAGGUUCGGGGAAUUAAUCGGUUACAUGAGCAGCAUGUUUAGAUAUGCGAUAAACGUUAACUUGUAUACGUAUACGGUUGUGCCCAAAAGUUUGCGCACCCCUUGCGGAAUCUGCUAGAUCUUAAUACCGUUAACAGAAUAAGACGGAUCAUAAAAAUCCCAUGUUGUUGUUUAUUUAGCCCUGUCCUGAAUAAACUCUUUCACAUAACAGAUGUUUACAUACAGUCCGCAAGACUUGAUGAUAACCGAAUUUAUAAAAAUCGCCCCGUUCGAAAGUUCACACACGCAAGAUUCUCAAUACAAUUAGAGUCGGGGGGUGUAAACUUUUGAACAGGACGUGUGUGAUGUGUGUACACACGUGCGCGCAGACACCCAACACCGUUGUACCAGUUUAUUCAGUAUACCCAGUCUGUGUGUAGUGUGUACAUUAAUGGUGCGGUGCAAAAGUUUGCAUCCCCCAUAGAUUGUGGGUGAAUUGGUGGUGACUCGGUGGUUAUGGCUUUGGGCUACGCAUGAGUUCAAAUAUAACCACACCCAAGCUGCCACUGUUGGGUUCUUAAGCAAGGUUUGUUUUUUUUUUCUUUCUCUCCUCAAUUUUAAUUUUGUCCGGAAUUUACCUUCAAAUCCCCACCCACCAGCCAGCGCUCCUUCAUCACACGACAGAGCAGCGUAGCGUGACGCACUCGGAAAGCGCUGUCUGCCCUCUUUCUCUUAAACGAGCUCAUAGCACGCCCCUGAUUGGCUAGGGUUGGAAGGGAGUAUGUCCCUCCCAGUUUGUUUUUUCUCCUCACGGCUCCUGGGCACGGACGGCUGUGGCAUUAUCUGGAUUUGAGUUUGCCGUCUCCCGACGAUUUCUGUCGCACCACUCGUGAAUCCUUAAUCAAGACUCGAGCCAAGUGAUCGAAUAAAGUAAAAUAAGGUGAACGGAAUUUUUCAUUCAUAAUCCCUGCAAACUGUGCUCGAAUUUCAGCAAAUAAUUACAGGUCCAAGGUUUGUUACUGCAAAACAUUCCCUCACACAUUUGUCAAGCCAAUUUAUCUAUCAUUUGCACAGUAUGUCAAGGUACAUGUCUAUUAAAAUGGAUAAGGUAAGUUUCUUAUACGUGAAUGAGUAAGGGAAUGUACAGAAGCACAGCACAAUCAGUCUAAUUAGAAUAAAAUAAGUGUACAGUGUAAGUAAGUGGGAAGACAAUGAGUAAAUAAAGUAUUGCAGCGUGAUAAAGUGAGGUGUAAGGUGACUCUGGAGGUAGUAAUAUCUUAAUUAUAAAUCGUUAUAGGCUGAGAUACUAAUGUUAAGUGCAGGAAAAGAUAGAUAACAUUUAAAGUGAUACACUUUUUUAUGCCAAAUCCAGCAAGUCCAUAGAAGCUGGAAUGAAACCUGCUGAAUAAAAUGUAAAAGACAAAAUACAACUGAUCCAACGUCGAGGUGUUUGUGUAUUAAGAUCAGAAACUGAAGAUUCUGAAAUUAAUCUUAGGUGCUUAUCUACCUAAAAAUAAAAUGUCGCCGUACGGGAUUAAUAUCAUAUUAAAUUCAGAGGAUUUCCAAUAUUAAUGUUACAAUUCGGACGAUUUAAAAGACGGAGGUCAGAGGCAGUUUAUGAGCAGGUGCUUGAGUUAUUGCCGAAUAUUUAUAUCACAUUCGGAAAGGGGGUACAAACUUUUGAAAUGAUCCAAUUUUGUUUUUUCGUCCCAGUGUUAAUAUCUUAACAAUACACUAAUCGACCAUUCUGUCGCUGAAGGAGUCCGUAAAACCAGCUCCGAGUAAACGUCCCGAUGAUUGAGUGAUCGAUUUUAAAUGAAUUUGCCCAAAAGGGUGCACAAACUUUUGCGCUCAACUGUAAAUAUUUUCUAUCUGUAGUCCUUUAACAUGUUCGCUACUGACUGGAUGAAAUAUUCCCAUGUAACCAUGGAACUUGUUUCCCCUCCUCUGUCUCCCUGCA